GGUUGUGUUCAGGGUUCAGAAAAACAUCUUUUCCACACAGAGAGAGACAGAGAGGUGUUUUUCUCCUGCAGAUGACAACUCUCUCUCUGCAGUCCAAACAUCAUGCUUACCCAGGCGGGUAAAGAGUUUCUGGUCCGGAUACGGUUCUCCUGGCGGCCGUUUUUCCAGGGCCGGUACCUGAUCCUCACCAACACGUUGAGUGGAGGAGUCAUGCUGGGAUUGGGAGACUUCCUGCAGCAGAGCCGGGAGAUCCGCAAGGAGCAAGACAGAGUCCGAGACUGGAGGAGGACAGGUUGUAUGUUUGCGGUGGGCUGCUCAAUGGGUCCACUGCUGCACUACUGGUACGGCUGGCUGGACAGAGUGUACGUCGGUAGAACUAUGAACACGGUGGGAAAGAAGGUUCUGGUGGACCAGCUGAUCGCCUCACCGACAAUCGGGUUGUGGUACUUUUUAGGUAUGGGUCUCAUGGAGGGACACACUUUAUCUGAAGGAUGGGAGGAGUUUAAAGACAAGUUCUGGGAAUUUUAUAAGGCGGACUGGUGUGUUUGGCCGGCCGCUCAGAUGAUCAACUUCUACUUUCUCUCACCCAAAUUCCGCGUUGUCUACAUCAACUUUAUCACCUUAGGGUGGGACACCUACUUGUCCUACCUCAAACACAGAGAUGACAGCCACCCCGCUGCAGUGGUGUCAGACAGCAGUGCUGUGGAUGUACAGCAGGAGGCGCUCCCACCACCCAAACCUCUGGAGGAGAAAGCUUAAGAGACGGAGCUCGAACUCAACUGUGAAGUCGUUCAUCGCAAAAGAAAAUUUUGCUCUUUUCCCGCCUUUGCAAAAUGUUGCGAGACUGUCACGACAGUUUGUGUUAUUCGGAUGGUCGUUUUCCUCUGACAAACCACUCCUCUCUCAAAGUUUAAACCGACCACAUCUCUCUGUGUGCGCGCGCUCAGAGGAGCUGUGGAUGUUUAAUUUGAAGUGCUGGAACACUUUUUCCCUUCUUGUCUGUAGAUUUUUAAUGUGUCUGUGUCAAGUGUGUUUGUCUAUUUAUGUCAGAAAGAUGUGUACUCCUGCAGGAGGAUUCAGGGAUGAGAAGCUGUUUCACUGCCUGUCGGGCCAAUACCUCCGAUGAUAGUUGGUUUUCUUUUUAUCACAACCAAGGCUGGAGCAUAACUCCUGCCAUUCACACAACAUUCAACAAGCUGCUUGACAGACGAAUCAUUUCCAGAACAUCUGAAGUAUCAUCGGUGUUAUCUUGUUGCACCUUUUCUGUGUUGUUUUGCUUCUGUUUUGACAUGAAAGAAUCAAUAUUGAUGUGAACCAGUUUCAUUAGACAGCUGCUAGUUUUUAAAUGUUUAUUAUAUUAACCCGGAUAAACUUUGCCUUAAUAUGUAGACCAGCGCUGUUCUCUGUUCAUGUCAAAUCUCAUCUUCAGUUUAUUCCUAUAAGGUUCCUAUAAAAAAUAACAGCAUGAUUGUGAUUUUUAUUAAAUAUAAGAUAUUUUAUAUUUUUAUCAUAUCAAACUGAGUCCUUGACUGUACUUGAUUCCUGAUAGACUGAAGAUGUAAAAUUUAUUUAUUUUCAAACCAUGCAUUAGUUUUACACUAGUAACUGUACAUUUGACUUGGUGUUCUGUACUUUAUUAUUAUUAUUUUGGCAGGGCAGGUUAGUGAUGAUAGAAACACUUGCUUUAUGCAGUUUCUAUCAGAAAUCAGUUGAGCUUUAUAUAUUUUUUAAUUUAGUACUAAUGUAUGUAAUUAAAAAUAUGUACAUUCAGAGAAUUCUGAGUCCUGAUGAACUGUAUUUAUUGUAUUAUUUUUAUUGUUGCAGUUUAAUUUUAAAAAGACAUGGCAAUAAGAAAAUGAAAUUACAUAAAAUUUGCAAAAUAAACAAUAUGAUUCAA